AUGUUUGUAGUAGCUGUCGAUCUUGUCGAGUAUUUCUCCACAAUACUCGACAAGAUCGACAGCUACUACAAACAUAACGCUACUACAAACAUAACGGCCCGCCCCUCCCAUUCAUUUGCGUGCAAGGUUCGUCUGGAAUGGGGAAAUCGCAGCUCGCGUUUGCUCGGAAGGACGGCGGCCGUACUUUUAUUGGCCUGCCACUCCAUUGAUCACAGCUCGCAACCGAUCUACAAGAACUUCGCAUCCAUCUCGAGGACAUUUAUCAACAUCACGAACAAAGAUGAACCAAAGAAGAGAAGUGAGCGCGACGUGUUAAACCCCUCAUCUGACCGUUACCAGAAGGGGUCUUUGUGGAGCUAUGGAUUUAUCCUCGCUUUGCUGGAGUAUUGCAGCUCGGAAGAACAUCAGAGUCGCACUGGAAUGGUCCGCUUCGCUGAGCCAAAAGAGCUUAAUGUGGACAAGCGCGACGUAUGGACUGUCCGAGCUGCUCGUGAUAAAAUGGUAAAGGCGAAUCAGCGUCUCCCCUUCUUCAUCCUGGACGAAAUGUCGCUCGCUGGAGGCAAGAACCUUGCGGGUUUUCAACGGAAUGUGUUCCGCGUGUGUGGCUUAAUAGUGGUGGUUAUGGGCUCUGACGCUAACGUCAUCGACCUGGUGGACGCACCACAUUAUCCUGGCAGCAGCUGCAGUGCACACUACCUGUGGAUGACUCUUGUAUCCCGUUUCCCUCCCUACCAGUUUACCCCGUUUGAAGAGGAAAACCAACGUGUUUGGAAUGAAGUUGUGGCGCAGUUUCCUUUCGUCCAAGACAUUGCAUUGAGCUCUCGUGGGAAAUUUGCUCGAUACUUUAUCGACAGUGUGGUGGAGUACGCAGGUACACACGGAAGUUUCAAACUGUUCGAAUUGCUGGACGAAGCUUUUGCUUAUGUCAGCCGAAAGACGCAGGAGAGCAACAAAUUCAUGGUGGAGCAGGUUGGAAGAGAUGCACAGCUGGCAGCGAUCAAUACUUCGGUCCAGUUUCAACCAAUCGCCAAAACCGGCAACUUCUUCGAGCCACCGCGGAAAAAGCAGAAAAAUGAAGAAGUAAACAACACCCAGUGGAUGCGUGUGCACUACGCAAACCUGGUGGAUAGUGAGAGUACAGGUUGCCGGCUUACUGAUGUGUUCGUAUCAGGAGGAACUAUGCUGACUGUCAUUGAUCUGGGAAGAUUCCAUGCACACUGGAAACCAUUAUGUAUUUUCCCCACCAUCGAAGAGGACAUGCUGCUCUACCUCGCAGUACUGGGUGGGAGAGCGUAUUCGGGUAAUUAUGACUUCCAAUGUGGUUCAUUGCACUCGACAAAGGAUAUUUCCGCAACCUUCUUGAAAAGAAGAGGCUUUAAUGCUGAGGAACGCUCGACCGCUGAGAAGCCCGAAAUUAACACGUUUGAGAACAUGGUGGCUCGCGCGAUCCUCUGCGCGUCUCGAAGGAAUGGUGUGCAAGGAGUUGCAUUCGACGAGUUUUUCGCUGGGUUCCUCGGCGAGUUUCAGGGCAAGUUUAAUAACGUGGCGAUGACGCUUGGGAAUUCACAUGAACGGAUCACUGUUACCGGUUUACUGGACGGGUACGCUGGUCUCGCGAAGUUAUUAGCCGCGACAAUACCUUUUCUCGCUCCGCCCAACGCUACAUGGCCCCACUUUAUUCGAGAUACUCGGGCUCACGGGUGCAGUUUUGGUCAUCUUUCUCGUGCUACCGACAAGGACAGGCAUGACGUGUACAUCCAGGACAUGGAGAGCACCUCCGGUCCACCACUUUUGAUCUGUGAGUGCAAACAUUGGUCAAAGAGUAUGACCUUCGGCAUGAUGAGCGGGGUUGUAAAUGGUCUGGAAUCCGCGUGGAAGGAAAGUGGAUGCUGGCGCUAG